CCGCCUCACAGGCGCUCCUCAUUCACAACAACCCGCGCGGCCGCAGGAGCGCGGCCGGUGAAGCGUCGUUCCACCUCCAUUUAUUUACAGUGCGGCAGACUCAGCCAUGUAGUACGUCGCUACUCAGAUGACUCUCCGACCGGUACAACCAGACGCGACGGCGACCCGCCGCGCCUUGCCCCCAGAACUGCUUUAUCAUAUCAUCGAAGGUGUCCUUCCCUCGGAUCCCGAAAUCCUGCUCCCGUCGUCACACGCCUCGACCAAGACGUUGCUCGCGUUGACUCGAGUGAGCCGGGAUACGUACAGACUAGCUACGAAGCUGCUGCGACAGAGAUGCAUCUUCAUCGAUUCCGAGCAGCGCCUUGCCAACAUCCUCCUCUGCAUCCCACGAUUUGUACCGAAUCUACCGACGACGUUUUCGCUCCGAAAUAUCACAUCGUUGUACCUAGAACCGUUUCGAGAAACGCUCGAUGACAAGCUCACGGCGAGCUGGGUGCGGGAUCUAUUCUUCGAGGUCUCAGAGUCGCUGCGGAAGCUGGUGGUGCUGAUGCCAUUCAAUAGCCUGGAUAUAUUCAAUGACCGUCACGGAAUCAGAAAGAUGCUGCGCGACGGGUUUGAGAGUCUACACAGGCUGGAGGAGUUUGUCUCCAUCGGAGACUACCCGACAUUGAGUCUCCCGGAUGGCCCAACAGAUAUAUGGCGGCUGUUCCAUGAUCUCAAGCGGCUGACACUCUUCGGGGUGCCGCUGAGCAAUCACUGGCUGUGGUGGAACAUUGCCACGCUUCCGAAGCUGGAGCAUGUUAUCCUAGCGAGAUCGCAGAGGAGUCUCGGGAUCAACAUCAAGGAUGAAUACUUCCACAAACUGCCGCAGGGAGAUGCCAGGCUGGACCGGGAUAUCAAGAUCGUGCUAAUGGACGAUUCAGGGCUGUGGCCAAACGUCACGACGACUCGGUGGAAAGAAAUUGACCCCAACGGGAGAAUGACGGUCGAGUUACAUGGCAUACCUGAUGUCGCAAAGUACGGGGCCCCGCAGCUGUCGGAUAAGCUGGUGGCGGCAUAUGUGAAAGACAGGGUGGUCAAUGGGCGUCUAUGGGAUGGAAAGGCAGACGUUGUCCUUGAAGAGAUUGACUAAAUAAUUACCACAGUAGAGUACAUACUAGACCAGAGCAGGGUGGCCUCGUUGCAGGUUAUUGCUAGAUGACCGGGACUGCCGGGGAGAAGAAUAUCCGUCCGAACGACAUGAAGGACAUACAAGGAAAUGUUCCUUCAAUCAGAGAUGCCCAUAUGACCACGUCAAGUGAAUGGGGCACUAAUACAUAGGUAGUCAGUGUGGUUGUUGGCGAUUCCAGGCAACAGAUUACAGAGCACCAAUUCGGCAAGGCCGACCUUUCAAGACCAAUCACAUAAAUAAUUGCAAGACCAUCACCGGCUGGGUGAGCCGAGCGAGAGGAAAAGUCAGUACUAAUAAGUUACUUGCUGCGCAACUUGGUAAGCUUCCGACCUCGGGUCAGCACAUACACCCCUCAUCCGUUCC